CAGAUAAAUAUAUUGUAACAGAAUUAAGGCAAAUAGCGAAAUCUAAAAUUUUUAAUGAAUUAACAGUUGAUAAUGCAGCAGAAAUUUUAUUCGGAGUAGUUUGGAAAUGGACAGAUUUAAAAGCAGAUGUUAUGAAAUAUGUUGCAGUAGAAUUUAAAAAGAUAAGAAAAACUGAGGGAUAUGAGCGAAUUUUCAAGAACCCUGGGGAUUAUCCAGCCGGAUUGGAGAUCAUGCGUGAAUUAAUAGACUUGAAGGUUCCUGAAAAUGAUGAUUAA